UAAGAACCGCAUACUUCUCUUUUAACAAGGAAGCAAAUGUCGGCUCUAACUAUCUUGCAGCCUUUAUAAUUAUUUAAUCAAAACAUGACCGGAACGUCUAUUUAAGAGGGGAUAUUGCAGCCCCUCAAAAUGAAGGGUCUUUUCCUCGUGGAGCCGGUGGUUGCACUGUACGCUUUCUCCAGUUUUCUCAUCUAUCCUCUUCUGCAGCAGUAUGUGUACCGGAGGCUCUGGCAGGACCUGACACACACGCCCUAUCCCAUCUCUGACAAUGCCUCCAGAUGUGCAGACAACAACAACAGCAGCAACCAAUCCAGCUACCAUGAGGAGGUGCAGAGGCAAGCGUCUCUCUUCUCCCUUUACUCUGAGCUCUUCUCCACAGUCCCCUCGUUGGUUGUCACCCUCCUGCUCGUGGCCUACAGUGACCGGGGAGGACGCAAGGUCACGAUCAUCAUGCCUUUAAUUGGCACGUUAAUAUACACCCUGACCUUGCUGUCGGUUUCCUACUUUGAGCUCAACAUUUACUUGCUGAUCGUCGGCUCGUUUUUCUGUUCUCUGUUCGGCGGCCUGGGCACAUUCCUGGGGGGCGUCUUCGCCUACAUAGCGGACUUGUGCGAGGACGGCCGACAGAAGACGCUGCGCAUGGCUGGAGUGGACAUGAUGAUCGGCCUGUUGUCCGGGGUGGCUGCGCUAUCCACCGGCUACUUUCUGAGAGCCACAGGCUUCAACUGGCCUUUCCUAACCUCUGCGUUGUCUCAGUGCUUGAACCUGCUCUUUGCAAUUUUCAUCCUAGAAGAGACCGUGACGAACACUGACGUCGUGAUAUCAGACGGCUCUCCUCAGCGCUCAGCCGUGAAGCAAAUGAUCUACGGGAUCUACGACAUGUUUGCAAGGGCCAGCCGCAAGAGUAGGACUCUCUUGGUCCUCCUGAUGGUCAUCUUCACCAGCUUCUCCUUCGCCUACGUGGGUGGGGGCUCCUUGAUGACGCUAUAUGAGCUGAAUAAGCCACUCUGCUGGAGUGAGAUUUUGAUCGGCUACGGCACAGCAAUGUCCACCACAGUGUUCCUGGUCAGUUUUGUGGUGGUGUCGGCGUUCACCUACUGCGGUGUGCCACAGCUGUUCAUCAUCCUGACGGGGAUCCUGUCCGUCAUAUCAGGCAUGGUCCUGUUGUCGUUCGCUAAGACCACUUUCCUGAUGUUUAUGGUGAGGUUGCCAAUGCUUCUGGCCAGCAUGCCUUUCCCUGUGCUGCGCUCCAUGACCUCAAAGAUCGUCUCAAAGUCUGAUCAGGGAGCCCUGUUCGCUUGUCUUUCCUUCCUGGAGAGUUUAACUACCAAUGUGUCGAUUGCGGUCUUCAGCAGCGUCUACGCUGCUACGCUGGCGUGGUACCCGGGCUUCAGCUUCCUGCUGGCUGCAGGACUCUGCGUCAUCCCGUUAAUUGUCCUCGGAGUGGUGGGUCUGACGGGAUUGCAUGUUGCCGAAGAGGUUAAAGAUCAAGAGCCUCUCUUCCGAGGUGAGGAGGAUCUUGUCGAAAAUCAUAACAGUAAAAUCUCUGUUGUUAUCUGAGCCAGCACCUCAUGUUUGCCUUCCGUGAUUGAUCUAUUCAUUUUUAGACACUUUUUACAAAAGUACCCCAUGGACUAUUGUUAAUAAUGUAGAAUGUAUAUGUAUUUAUUCUGCUAUUGAACUUACAUUUGUAUUAAGAUUCAACAGGGAUUUAUUUGGGGCAUUAGAUGCAUAGGAGCUACAGCAGGGAUGGGAAGUGAAGUGCAUCCAACAUAAUGGGUCAAAUGUUAAGAAUCUUUGCACUUUAUUUUUACCUCUAAAUGGCCUGACAUUACUAGCACAUGAAAAAAAAAAAAUGGUCCAGUGUGAAAUGAUUUGUAUUUUUUUGAGCAAUGUUUUUCAAUGCCUUAACAAAGAGCUCAACUGAAGAAAUUUCAGGAAACACCAAAUGUAAUAUAAGACAAAUCUACAAUUUUGAUGCAUUUAAUCAACUGAAACCUACAUUAAGUUAAAAAAACAAUAUGUAUUAUCGUAUAAAUAUUGUCAAGUAACUCCUAGAGGGAGGAAGGGGGCUUUAAAGGGAACAAGGAACCAGUGCUUUGGAAACAAAUAAUUGUCUUUAUGGUUGUCCUUCAACUUUAUUGUUUGAUAAGGAAGGAAAACGCCCAAACAAUAUUGAUGAUGAUGACAGGAGAAAACUUCAAAAAUAAAACGAUUAAACAUUAUUCAGUGUGUUAUCUCAUUGGGAAUUGAAAUUGGAUUGAAAUAUAACAUGAACAAUAAAGGGUGUUUUUAUCAAAUGGGACAGACAUAUUUCCUCUUUACUGGGCCACAUGUGAGGAUGAAACUUUAGGUGUGGUUUUAGGUUUUAGGGGGAACUCCUGAGUGUUGUUUUGUGACUCAAUUCCAAAUGUGGUAUCAUUGUAAACACAGGGAUGUAAUUGGUGUGUUUGAGUGCAAACUCAAAACAAAUAAUAUGAAAACAAGUUGUGUUUAUGACUUGUGGUUUCUAUCUUCUUUUUAUUUGUAUGUUCAUGUCUCUGUGUAUAUGUAAUAAAAUAAAUUAAAUGUA